CAUGUUCCACCAUCUGCAGCCUCUCCCCCCGAUUCCCCCUCCCUUUACUUAUUUGCAGGGUUAACAUGUACUGAACAAAAUUUCAUCACCAAGGCUUCCUUUCAUCAAGCUGCAUCUGAACAUGGACUGAUCAUAGUGGCACCUGACACCAGCCCACGUGGCUGCAAUAUUGAUGGAGAAGAAGAAAGUUGGGAUUUUGGUACUGGUGCUGGCUUCUAUGUUAAUGCCACUGAGGAUCCAUGGAAAACAAACUAUAGAAUGUAUUCUUAUGUAGUGGAAGAGCUGCCACAGCUCAUAAAUGGAAAUUUUCCAUCAGACCCAGACAGGAUUUCUGUUUUUGGACAUUCUAUGGGGGGCCACGGUGCUUUAAUCUGCGCACUGAAGAACCCUGGGAAAUAUAAGACUGUCUCGGCAUUUGCACCAAUUUGUAAUCCUGUACAGUGCCCAUGGGGUCAGAAAGCAUUCAGUGGAUAUUUGGGUUCUGACACGAACAAAUGGGAGGCAUAUGAUGCAACGCAUCUGGUGAAGACUUAUUCAGGAUCCCAGCUAGACAUAUUAAUUGACCAAGGGAAGGAUGACCAGUUCCUCUCUGCAGGGCAGCUAUUGCCUGACAAUUUUAUUGCAGCUUGUACUGAACGAAAAAUCCCUGUGGUCUUUAGACUGCAAGAGGGCUAUGAUCAUAGCUACUUCUUUAUUACUACGUUUAUAAAUGAUCACAUCAAACACCAUGCAAAAUAUCUGAAUGCCUGA